GUAUUUUGACUUGGCUUUUUUGUUGUUAUGGAAGAUUUAAACAUUUUUAUACAGUAAGAUAUUAUCAGUCUUUUAUGGUUUCAGGACUUUUUAAAGUUAUACGUAGAAAAGACUAUCCCACAGAUGAUAAGAAACUUCUAUAAGUUUUAUUUUUAUAUUUAAAAUUUUGAUUUAUUGGGACUUUAUUUUAAUGGAUAGAUUGAGGAAGGGAUAAUUGUUCAGGUCAAAAGUUGCUAUGUAUUUGUCAUUUGUAGAAAUUAUUAGAGUCUUUUGCAAGAUAUGUCUUUAUGAAAUGUUCAGUUUUUACAAGUCACCUGCUAUUGAGAACAGUUUGUUUUCUAAAUCUAUUCUCAGGCUUGACAAUAAAUUUUAGUUUCUAUUUAGACUAAAACUAUAUGAAUUUGUGAAGCAUCAAGAUUAAAACAAUAACUUUUAUAAAUUAUAAUUUUAUAUAGGGGAAUAAGGUAUUGUAUAAGCAAAGUCAGCUAGAGGUUCAUUUUUCUUAUUUUCGAUAUGAAAAUUCAAGGAUAGCCCAAUGAUGCCUUUAAAAUUUUUUAAUCUAAUCAAAUUUAAUGAAAAGUCAGGGCUCAGUAGUUUGAUGCUGCUUAGUAAAAAACAAAUAACCAUGAAGAUAUGACAUGUUAGGGUUGGUACUAGCAUGGCUGUUUUCUAAGUAACAGUUGUGUUUGUUGACAGAGUCAUACUAUAGUUUUCAUUCAUUUCCCAGCAGAUCAUUUUAUUGCCUCCAUCUGCAGUGUAAAUGUGUAAAAAGUUUGCAUGCUUGUUUUUGAUGGGAUUGUUAACAUCUUUUAACUUGUAAUUUCUUUAAAGGACCAUGAACAAGCAAAGGUGUAUAUAGCAGUUAUUUUAUUGAUUGGAAGGAAAGAUGGGUGUAAGAUUGGAAGGCAUGAAGUUGGGCAGGUCCCUGGACCAUGCUUAUCUUCUCUAUUAAUUGUGAGUAGGCCUCCUUAACCGUAAGAUCUAUAAUUGUGCCUCUCAUCUUGCUUGGCCCUGGAGACCUUUACAUAUAUAGUGUUAUCCUUUCUAGUUUUCUGUUUAUCUUUCUUAAGUCUGAGAUUGCAAAAGAAUGCAAAUAAAGGAAAGCCUGCUUUUUGAAAAUACCUAUUUUUAACUUAUUAACUGGAAACUUUGAGAAGAGAAAAAUAAUUAUUUAAAGAAUAAAUAAUUAGUGAAAAGUCACCUUCAUUUGGAUUCUGCUUUUGGCUAUGUAGGUCACAAAGCCUGAGGUAGUGGGAGGGUUCAGGUGUCACCAGUGCAGCAGUCAGAUGCCUGUGAUUUCCUGUCUGCACCCGGACUAUAAUUAAACCGGCACCAUCACCUGUCACUGGUGUACCAGCCACACACCUGAGUGUGUGUAAAUAGAGGCGAACAGCCUGAACAUUGGUGCUCUUUAGUCCAUGCUGAAGGUUUAAAUUUUUUUAAAUAUAAGAUGGAGACUGAAAGUGAGAGUAGCACUUCAGGGGAUGACAGUGUCUUUUGGUUGGAUUCUGAAAUUAUAACCCAGAUGACUGACUGUGAAGAGGGAGAAAGCGAAGACAAGUUCAGGAAGAUGAAGUCCUCAGUACAUUCUGAAGAAGAUGAUUUUGUUCCAGAACUACAUAGAAACGUUCAUCCUCGAGAACGGCCUGAUUGGGAAGAAACACUCAGUGCAAUGGCAAGAGGAGCAGAUGUUCCAGAGAUUCCUGGAGAUCUUACUCUUAAGACAUGUGGUAGUACAGCCAGUAUGAAGGUUAAACAUGUGAAAAAGUUACCCUUCACUAAGGGUCACUUUCCGAAAAUGGCUGAGUGUGCCCAUUUCCAUUAUGAGAAUGUUGAAUUUGGCAGCAUACAGCUUUCACUUUCAGAAGAACAGAAUGAAGUAAUGAAAAAUGGCUGUGAAUCUAAAGAGUUGGUCUACCUCGUGCAGAUUGCUUGUCAGGGCAAAAGUUGGAUUGUUAAAAGAAGCUAUGAAGAUUUUCGGGUACUUGAUAAACAUCUUCAUCUAUGUAUUUAUGACCGACGAUUUUCUCAACUCUCAGAGCUUCCCCGCUCUGACACCCUGAAGGACAGUCCAGACUCGGUCACUCAGAUGCUUAUGGCUUACCUGUCACGCCUUUCAGCUAUUGCUGGCAACAAGAUCAAUUGUGGGCCUGCCCUUACCUGGAUGGAGAUUGAUAAUAAGGGAAAUCACCUUUUAGUUCAUGAGGAAUCAUCCAUUAACACCCCUGCUGUUGGUGCUGCCCAUGUUAUCAAGAGGUACACUGCUCGAGCCCCUGAUGAAUUGACCUUAGAGGUGGGAGACAUUGUUUCUGUCAUUGACAUGCCCCCAAAAGUGUUAAGCACAUGGUGGAGAGGCAAACAUGGAUUUCAGGUGGGACUCUUCCCUGGACACUGUGUUGAGUUAAUUAACCAAAAAGUUCCCCAGUCAGUGACCAACUCAGUGCCAAAACCAGUAUCUAAAAAGCACGGCAAGCUCAUUACUUUCUUACGAACAUUCAUGAAGUCUCGUCCAACAAAACAGAAGCUGAAGCAGCGGGGAAUCUUGAAAGAGAGAGUGUUUGGUUGUGACCUGGGGGAGCACCUUCUGAAUUCUGGUUUUGAAGUGCCCCAGGUUCUUCAAAGCUGCACAGCAUUCAUUGAGAGAUAUGGCAUUGUGGAUGGAAUUUAUCGUCUUUCUGGCGUUGCGUCCAAUAUCCAGAGACUGCGUCAUGAAUUUGACUCUGAGCAUGUCCCCGACCUGACAAAGGAGCCGUAUGUUCAAGACAUCCAUUCCGUGGGCUCCCUCUGUAAGCUGUACUUCCGAGAGCUCCCAAACCCUCUGCUCACCUACCAGCUAUAUGAGAAAUUUUCUGAUGCUGUUUCAGCAGCAACAGAUGAAGAAAGACUGAUAAGAAUCCAUGAUGUUAUCCAGCAGCUGCCCCCGCCACACUACAGAACACUGGAGUUCCUGAUGAGACACUUGUCUCUUCUAGCUGACUAUUGUUCCAUCACAAAUAUGCAUGCAAAAAACCUAGCAAUUGUUUGGGCUCCAAACCUGCUAAGAUCAAAACAGAUAGAAUCUGCCUGCUUCAGUGGAACAGCAGCUUUCAUGGAAGUGAGAAUUCAGUCUGUGGUUGUCGAGUUCAUACUUAACCAUGUUGAUGUGCUUUUCAGUGGCAAAAUCAGUGCAGUCAUGCAAGAAGGGGCAGCUUCUUUAUCAAGGCCCAAGUCCCUGCUGGUGUCCUCUCCAUCUACCAAGCUGCUGACAUUGGAGGAAGCCCAGGCACGAACACAAGCUCAGGUCAAUUCUCCAAUUGUGACUGAAAAUAAAUAUAUCGAAGUAGGAGAAGGACCUGCUGCACUUCAGGGAAAAUUUCAUACCAUAAUUGAGUUCCCACUUGAAAGAAAGAGGCCUCAAAAUAAGAUGAAAAAAUCUCCUGUGGGCAGCUGGCGUUCCUUUUUCAACUUAGGGAAAUCAUCUUCUGUUUCUAAACGGAAGUUGCAGCGCAACGAGAGUGAGCCUUCCGAGAUGAAGGCGGUGGCGCUGAAAGGUGGCAGGGCAGAAGGAACCCUCCGCUCAGCUAAAAGUGAGGAGUCUCUUACAUCCCUCCAUGCAGUUGAUGGUGAUUCCAAGCUCUUCCGACCCAGAAGACCCAGAUCUAGCAGUGAUGCACUGUCUGCCUCUUUUAAUGGAGAAAUGCUGGGGAACCGCUGUAAUUCCUAUGACAAUCUGCCCCAUGACAAUGAGAGUGAGGAGGAGACAGGGCUGCUCCAUAUUCCAGCUCUUAUGUCUCCUCAUUCAGCUGAGGAUGUUGACUUGAGCCCACCAGACAUUGGAGUAGCCAGCCUGGAUUUUGAUCCAAUGUCCUUUCAAUGUAGUCCUCCUAAGGCUGAGUCAGAGUGUCUGGAGAGUGGUGCUUCCUUUCUAGAUUCAUUAGGAUACUCCAAGGAUAAACCAAGUGCCAGUAAAAGGGAUGCAGAAGCAGGUGGUAGCCAGUCUCAGACUCCAGGAAGCACUGCAAGUUCUGAACCUGUUUCUCCUCUGCAAGAGAAGCUGAGUCCAUUCUUUACCCUGGACUUGAGCCCAACUGAAGAGAAAUCAUCUAAGCCGUCCUCAUUGACUGAAAAGGUCGUGUAUGCUUUCUCUCCGAAGAUAGGGCGGAAAUUAAACAAAUCACCUUCUAUGAACAUAUCUGAGCCAAUUUCAGUGACCCUUCCACCUCGAAUGUCAGACGUCAUUGGUACAGUCUCAAAUACUGCAGCUCAGAAUGCAUCAUCUCCAACCUGGGACAAAAGCGUUGAAGAAAGGGAUGUCACAAAUAGAUCCCCCACCCAGAUAGCAAAGAUGAAAACAAAUGAGAGAGAGGCCCAAGAAGGAUGUGAAUCUGAAGUUCAGCCCCUGGACCAGGUGGCUGCUGAAGAAGUAGAAUUGCCAGGGAAAGAGGAACAGUCUGCCUCAAGCAGUCAGAGUAAGGCUGUAGCUUCUGGACAGACUCAGACAGGAGCAGUUGCCCAUGAUCCCCCUCAGGAUUCCGUUCCUGUCAGUUCAGUCUCUCUUAUCCCACCACCACCGCCUCCGAAAAAUGUUGCCCGAAUGUUGGCGCUAGCAUUAGCUGAGUCUGCACAGCAAGCCUCAACUCAGUCACUGAAGAGACCAGGGACUUCUCAGGCUGGGUAUACAAAUUAUGGAGACAUAGCGGUGGCUACAACUGAAGAUAAACUGCCCAGUUCUUACUCUGCUAUUGCCCUAGAUAAGGCCUAUUUCCAAACAGAUCGACCAGCAGAGCAGUUGCAGCUCCACAAUGGAACACCAGGAAACUUCGACCAGUCUCUACCAGAGACAACAGCAAUUGGGGAUCCUACCCAUUCUAACACAACUGAAUCUGGGGAGCAGCACCACCAGUUAGACUGGCCAGGGAAUCAGCCACAUAGAACCUAUUUAUCUGGGGACCCAGAAAAGGCCAGAAUUACUUCAGUUCCCUUAACAGACUCAGAGAAGUCUGAUGAUCUCAUACGUUUUCCUGAAGACCAGUCUGGGAAGAACAGUAUGCCUACUGUCUCCUUCCUGGAUCAGGACCAGCCUCCACUCCAUUUCUACAGUGGAGAUCAACCUCCUUCUCACCUUGGUACAAGUGUGGAUAAACCUCAUUGCCCCUCAGAACUUGCAGACAAAUCUCCCACACCUUCCAAUUUGCCUAGGGACAAAAUCUACCCUCCUUCUGGGUCCCCUGAAGAGAAUACCAGCACAGCCACCUUGACUUACAUGACAACUACCCCAGCAAUAGCUGAAAUGAGCACCAGGGAAGCCAACUGGGAUGUGGUUGAACCGCCCACUGCUGCCGAUUUUACUGCCGCCACCCUUCAGCGCGCACAUAGAACUAAUCGCCCCCUUCCCCCACCUCCUCCCCAAAGGUCAACAGAGCAGCCAGCAGUCGUGGGACAGGUACAAGCAGCAACCAAUAUAGGAUUAACUAAUUCCCACAAGGUUCAAGGAGUAGUUCCAGCUCCAGAGAGGCCACCUGAACCUCGAGCCAUGGAUGACCCUGCAUCUGUUUUCCUCAGUGAGGGCAGUGCAGCUGCUCAGUGUCCCAUGGCUACUCUUGCUGCUCAGCCAGGCCUGCCUGAGAAAGUGCGGGAAGGCGGCAGGGCCCCGCUGCUGCACCUGCAUGCGGAGUCUGUCCCUGUGCACUCAUGUGGCUUUACUGCACCAGUUCCCCCCACCAGGACAAUGGAGAGCAAGAUCGCUGCUGCCAUCCACUUCAGCAGUGCAGAUGCCGCCAGCAGUUCAAAUUAUCAUUCCUUUGUCACUACUUCAUCUGCCUCUGUGGACGAUGUGUUGCCUUUACCACUUCCUGUCCCACAACCUAAGCAUGCUUCUCAGAAAACAGUUUACUCCUCCUUUGCAAGGCCUGAUGUCACCACUGAGCCCUUUGGUCCAGAAAACUGUUUGCAUUUCAGUAUGACUCCAAACUGCCAGUACCGUCCCCAGAGUGUACCUCCACACCACAAUAAAUUAGAGCCACACCUAGUGUAUGGUGCCAGGUCAGAGCCACCAGCCUCCGUGGGUCCUCGGUAUAACACAUAUGUGGCACCAGGAAGAAACGCAUCUGGACACCACUCCAAGCCAUGUAGCCGGAUUGAGUAUGUAUCUUCUUUGAGCUCCUCGGUUAGGAGUACUUGUUACCCUGAAGAUAUUCCACCAUACCCUACUAUCCGGAGAGUACAGUCUCUCCAUGCCCCUCCGUCUUCCAUGAUUCGCUCUGUUCCAAUUUCACGGACAGAAGUUCCCCCAGAUGAUGAACCAGCCUACUGCCCAAGACCCCUGUACCAAUAUAAGCCAUAUCAGUCCUCCCAGGCCCGCUCAGAUUACCACGUAACUCAGCUUCAGCCUUACUUUGAGAAUGGACGGGUCCACUACCGGUAUAGCCCAUAUUCCAGUUCAUCCAGUUCCUAUUACAGUCCCGAUGGGGCCCUGUGCGAUGUGGAUGCCUACAGCACAGUCCAGCUGAGACCCCUUCACCGCCUACCCAAUCGCGAUUUUGCUUUCUACAACCCUAGGCUGCCAGGAAAGAACUUGUACAGUUAUGCUGGUUUGCCUUCACGUCCCCGGGCCAACGUGACUGGCUAUUUCUCUGGUAAUGACCAUAAUGUAGUCAGCAUGCCUCCAACUGCUGAUGUAAAGCACACCUACACAUCAUGGGAUCUUGAGGACAUGGAAAAGUACCGCAUGCAAUCCAUCCGGAGAGAGAGCCGUGCUCGGCAGAAGGUGAAAGGGCCUGUCAUGUCCCAGUAUGAUAAUAUGACCCCAACUGUGCAGGAUGACUUGGGAGGGAUCUAUGUCAUCCAUCUGCGCAGUAAAUCUGAUCCUGGGAAAACUGGACUUCUCUCAGUGGCAGAGGGAAAGGAGGGCCGACACCCAGCCAAGGCCAUCAGUCCUGAGGGAGAUGACCGCUUCUACAGGAAGCACCCAGAGCCAGAGCUAGACAGAGCCCACCACCACGGAGGGUAUGGCAGUACACAGUCAGAGAAACCCUCCCUCCCUCAGAAGCAGAGCAGCCUCAGGAACAGGAAGCUUCGUGACAUGGGCUGUAGUCUCCCUGAGCACAGGGCGCAUCAGGAAGCAAGCCAUAGGCAAUAUUGUGAGUCAAAAAAUGGGCCACCUUACCCCCAGGGACCUGGCCAGUUAGAUUAUGGAUCCAAAGGGAUUCCAGACACUUCUGAGCCAGUCAGCUACCAUAACUCUGGAGCAAAAUAUGCUACAUCAGGGCAGGAAUCUUUAAGACUGAACCACAAAGAGGUGAGGCUCUCCAGAGAGCUGGAGCGGCCUUGGGCUAGGCAGCCUCCUGCCCCAGAGAAGCACUCCAGAGACUGCUACAAGGAGGAGGAACACCUCCCUCAGUCAGUGGUCCCACCUCCUAAGCCAGAGAGGAGUCAUAGCCUAAAACUCCAUCAUACCCAAAACAUGGAGAGGGACCCCAGUAUGCUGUACCAAUACCAACCACACGGCAAGCGCCAGAGCAAUAUGACUGUUGUGUCCCAGUAUGAUAACCUGGAAGAUUACCACUCCCUGCCUCAGCACCAGCGAGGAGGCUUUGGGGGGGGAGACAUGGGGACGUAUGUGCCCCCUGGCUUUCCCCAUCCGCAGAGCAGGACAUACGCCACCGCUUUGGGUCAGGGGGCCUUCUUGCCCGCAGAGUUGUCCUUGCAGCACCCUGAAACACAGAUCCAUGCAGAAUGAGCCUUGGAGCAAUAGAGUUGAAGCAGCCUCUGCUGGACAGUGGACUGUUCUAUUUUUUUUCAAUAACCAAAAAGAUUAAGAAAAAGCUAUAAAACCCCUGACCACAUUUAAAAAAUUAUAAAAGUAAACAAAUCAUUUUCUUCCCCUUCCUUGCUUCAUUACCACCUAUUCCAUCUAUAAACUAUGUCAUUUUUGUCUUUAAAAAUGAUCUGAAUGAUUGUAAAGCACUGUGUUGAAAACCCAGUAAAGAAAUUUGUCACAGACCAUACUUGCCAUAUAGGGCUAAUUUGUAAGAGCCUGAGGACUGCCUUUAACCGAAUUUGAAUUUAACUUUGUCCUUUCUUCUUAGUAUUUGCUACAUAGUUCAGAGCAGUUUACAUGUAUUUCCUGGUAGGCUUUUGCAUUACUGUUGUGUUCCUACUUCUUUGGUAGCUGCACAACUUGCCCGGAUGGACAUUCCUUUCUCACUUCAUUCUCCCUGUCUGAGAAGGGUCUUGUGUCCAAUUAGAGUGGAAAACACCUCCCUGAUCCCUCAGAUAAGUCAGUCAAUUAGCAACCUUAUAAUUAAAGAUAAGAAAUCAAGACUUUAAAGUACACAUUAAUCAAGAGUCAUAAAAUGUCAGACCAUUUAGACUCAGGCUGAACCUGAGUUCUCUUCACAUUUUUAUUUUUCAUACUUGUUCCUCACUGUUCAAUGAACAGGCUCAUAUCACUGCAGAAGAGAUUUUUUAAAAUUAGAAUUUAAGGAAAUUUUUUAGGUGGAAAAAAGUACUUACUGUCAGUGAACUUUGUUAUUAGCACCAGAAAACUAUAUCAAUGCUUUUAAUGUGUUGCCUGCUUUCAGAUUUUCUUCCACCUGAUAAUAUUUGGUAAAUUGUAAUUCUAGUAAAACAUGUUAUACUAUUUGUUUUCCUAAAUUAGCAGCUUUUUUCAUUUACAAAGAAAAAACAGCAUGGUUUGACUGGAUACACACACAUAAUUUAUCAUAAAUAUAAACUUACAUGUUAAUUUCUGUUUCUAAACCAGAGUAAAAGGUUCCCUGGGAAUUUUUUAAGUAUCUGUGAAUUAUCUGGUAGGAAACUGUAAGUUGCUGCCAUAACCACUUGGUGCACGCAGCCCCAUCGCACCAGCUGGAGUUUUGGGCAGUUCUGGUUUCCACCCUAAGGCAUUCCCUACCGUUUGUUUACUCUGCUUGUGUGGUCACAGUCUCACUGUAGUUGCCAUCCGCACCAGCAUUUCAGGUAUUGCUCUUUAUAACUCCGUACACAUGUUAAACAUGUUUAAUACCCAGGGCUUUUCAAAGUUGCAUUCCUCAUUAGAGUGGGAGCUCUCUAGCCACACUCCGUUCUGUUUUCUCCGCCCACCCCACCACGGAUUCGUCAGACUGACAAGGCAGUCCUCUGUUUACAAACGAGUUUAGGUUGUCUUUUGUUCCAUGACUCUUAAUGCUCAAGUUUUAUAUAUUCACAUAUUUUUAAAUGCUCAGUUUGUAGAAGACACUAAGAGAAUUUCAUUCCAUUUACUGAAUGGUUGCUGCUCUGGCUUUUGAAAACUUGGAAUUAACUUUUAUUUAGAGCAAAGGAGAAAAUCUUUUAAGAGGCUAAAAUCAUGCUGCUAUUAUUGCUGCCAAAUUGUACAAAGGUUAGGAUUCAUGACAGUUUUUUAUUUUAAAAAAUCAUAUGAUUGCAUUUUAAGGGUUUAUAUCUAGAAAAAGAAAUAAAAUGUUUUAAGAACACCACAUUUAUAUGUGAAAAUACUCUAAGGUUUUCUUUUGUUUCCCCAGAAUUGAUCAGAGGGAUGCAGUAAAGACCAUAGUAGAAAUCUUAUAUGAAAAGGUCUGUGGAAGUUUAGACCUCUACAUUAAAAGUGCAGACCCAAUUGGUGUAUAGUCAAAAUGUUAAGAAACCUGAUAGGAAUUUUCAUUUGGCACGAAAACACACUGGGUGCUACAUGCAGGAGUUUGAUUUUUGGUGGAUAUGCAGUACUUAUUUUAUCUUAACUGUCUUUUUGUCAAGUAGGAAAUCCAUUCUCCAUGGAUACCACACCGGCCCUGUAAGUUCUCACCAGCAGCGUGGAGGUUAGGAGAGGGGCUGGUGUGACCAUCAAAUACUCAUGGCUGUAAUAAUUGAGAGCCCAAAGGAAGUGGCAGGAGUCUGGUCCAGUUUUAAAAUUUGUGGAUUUGUUAUCACACACGUCGUUUAGUCCCGAAACUAAAGUAAAUACUAGGUUAAUUCCUCUGAGCAAUUUCUUUAAUGAUGUCCUAUGAGUUUAGAAAUACCAGGUAAAUAUUUUGAAUAUAGAAUGAUGAUUCAAAUUACUGGUUUAAGAGUGAAACACACUUUGGAUAAAAUCUAGAGUUGUCUCAUUUAAUGUAUGUAGCAACAGCCUUAACUUUGGAUUCGGUUAUUUGAAAGACUAUGCCCGAAUCUUUCUCUUUCUAAAACUGUAGGGUAGAAACUGGAUGGCAAAUCACUGUGAGCAGGUCACCUCAGCAUCAUGGCCUGGUGUGUGAUGUCAGAAAUAGGGUAAUUGAAUGUUAUGACUUUCACAUUUUGACAUGGAGCAUUAUGAUCAAGGAAAUGGAACUGCCUUAUGCAUUAAAUCCAUAAUGCUAUUGAUAUUUUAAUAGCCAUGCUUCCAGAUUUUAUCUUUUAGACAGAAUUCUGAUUGCACAGUUUGGUUUGAUUGAAAUAAAUCUUCCCUGGAUGUCUGGCUAGAAACUUUGCUGACAACCCCAGAGAUGCCAUUUUCUAUUAAUAAACUUCAUCUGAGCCUUGUUUCUUACCGUAUUCAAUUUCCUUUCAAACAUGUAAGUCCCUAGUGGAGUCCCAAGGGUAGGACCUGCACAUCUCUUAUGAUGGCGAAGCAUUUUUAAAAAUUUAGGGUCAGGUUGAAAAAUUCUACCACUAAUGCUGUAAUAAGGAGGAACCAUUAACGUGAUGGGAUAGAAGAGUAAGUUAUCACAUUUGGAGCAGUAAUAGAUGCAUAUGAUAUAGAUUUGAAAUUUGCCCCUUUAGUUAAAGACGGAGCCGGCAUAGUCCAUUUCACUGUUUCCAGCGCUGUCAGUCACUCAUCCAGUGUGUUGGCAAAGGAUUGCCUGAGCAGUGUGUAUAAGGAAAUAAUAAGGAAAGCAAAAGUAUGUCAGAAAGUUACUUUGAAACAGGCAUGUAAUUUUCAGUACUGUGUUACAGAAAUGUCGGGAAUGGUGUAUUUUAAUGCGUGCAAGAUAUUGUCAGUGUGCACAGAGGGUCUUUUUUCCUUUUCUGAUUCGUACUAUUAAUGUUCAAAGAAUAAAAAUGGUUGUUUUACAGUUUAGAUUCUGAGAUAGCAAAACCUGAUUUUUUAACCAUGACCUGCAUGAGAGAAGCAUCCUAGGAAGUCUUAGAUCAUACUUUUGAGUUUUUAACUUUAAUUUAUAUAGUGAUUUUUUAUGUUUUAAUAUUUUUUGUGAACUGGUGUAAAUUGUUAAUGCAUAUAAGCUUGUGUAUUUUUGUAAAUAGUUUUGUGAUUUAUUUCUUGCCCCAUAUGUAAAUAUUUAGAGUCUCAUUUCUUCCAAACUUAUUUGAAGCUGAGUUGUGGGUUUGGGGUUUUGUUUGUUUCUUUGGUUGGUUGUGGGGGGUGGGGUGCGGGGGAGAAGGGAUUUUGUACUUGGAGAUGGAGAUAUCUUGUGGUUUAAAGCAAAUGUCCCGUUGAAAGCAAUUCAAAUAUCAACAGAAUUAUUUCAGGUUAAAACAGACGACUUUGUGUAUGUGUGUCCUUUUUCACCUAAUAUGAAUUAAAAUAAAAUCGGUGGGGGUAAUUGAUUUGGGAUAGUGGGACCAAAAGACAAAUUGUUGAUAUGGCACAGCCUGUUAUGUUAUUUGAGGAAAUGGGUUAAAUGUCUCCUGUUUUUAUCUAUUUGCCACCAUAUGCUGCCUGGCCACAUUUCUCCCAGAUCACACACUGUUCUUAGAGCUGCAGAGGCCUCUUGGUCUGUCCUGGAAAGUCUAGGCAGACUUGGGACACCUAGGGCUGCCCUAAGGAGUCUAACAGCUCCCAUGUUCCCGGGACACUGAGUUGGCUUCAGGUCCUCCAGAAGGGAAUUCUGAAUAAAAACCAUAUUUUUUUAAAAUUCCCACAAAGCCUCUUGGAUAGCCUGUUUUCAGAGUGAAAUGACCAGAAAAGAAUCAUCCUCUAGGCUAGGCCACCUGUGGUAAGCUGGCUUGUAGCAAACUCACAUAAAGUGUUUCAGUGCAACAAGUUGCUACAGAUCUGAACCAAGUGUUGCAAGUAACCCAGCUGCCCAGCAGGAUCCAAAGCCUAUUACUGUGCCAGAGUUCUCGAAAGAAGUACUUCAGUAUCAACCAGGACUUUGGGAGGGAAAUAGACCCUCAAUAUUCAGCUGUUGAAUAUUUGUUUUCCUACUGGGAGUCAUAAAUUACAGAUCGUUCUUCAUUUUAAAUUAUUAGAGGCCUAUCCCUUUUUGCCAGCAACAGGGCAAGUUGCCUAUUUAGCCCAGACAAGCCUGGUGAGCCAGCCAUCUGUUUGUUAUAUGCCUGCAAACCACACCCCAGACUUCAGCAAAGAUACAUCUGCUUCAGCAAACACUCCCAGACGGAGAUUUGAGGUCCCACAGAAGCUGCUUAGAUGGGUUAAAGAAAAGACACUGAUGACAUUUCCACUGGGUCUUCUACUUAAAUUUUUUGGGAUUCUGCUUUCCAUGCCAACUAUUUCAUCACCAAAUUUCCUUCAUACUGAUGAGAAUAUGGCACCUCCCUUUUACAAUAUCUUUGUCAUUGAGAAAUUGGUGACAAAUACAUUAGUGGUGUUUGAGAUUUUAGUUAUUUGUGGUUCUAUAGGAAAGACACAUUUUAAAGUAAUAUGGACUCUCCUUUACAGGAAAACCUUUGGCAUCUGGAAACACCAGAAAUAAGGCAUUUUUGUUAGCUUUGUUUUCUGCUUAGUUGCAAGUGUACCUCUAGAAAAGUAUGAGGUUUAAUUUUUAUUUUUAAUAUUUUAAUUAAAAUAUUUCCAGAAUAUAUUUAAAACCAUGAAGUUUACUAUCAACAUAAAGUUUCAUCAUUUAUAUGUAUGGAUUGCUGUACCAUAAUUUAGUGAUACUCCCAGGGACACAAUGAGAUAAAAAAAAAUUGCUUUUAUACCAAA